AUGUCCCCCAACGCUAAUGGAGCUGCCUCGAACGGCAACGGCGUCCACGCCAACGGCAACGGCGCCCUGUACAACGGCACCGGCCAUCCGGCCGUCGCCCCCAAGUCAGCCCAUGCCAACAGAUGGGAGGGCGUUGAGCGCCCCUACUCCCAGGAGGACGUGCAGCGGCUGCAGGGCAGCCUGAUGAUUGAGUACACGCUGGCGACUGUGGGAGCCGAGAAGCUGUGGAAGCUGAUGCACGAUGAGCCCUUUGUGCCGGCUCUGGGCGCACUGACCGGCAAUCAGGCCAUGCAGCAGAUCCGCGCCGGGCUCAAGGCCGUCUACUGCUCCGGCUGGCAGGUGGCGGGGGACUCCAACGUGGCGGGCCAGGUGUACCCGGACCAGAGCCUGUACCCGGUCAACAGCGUUCCCACACUCGUCGAGCGCAUUAACAACGCCCUGCAGCGCGCCGAUCAGAUCGAGCACGCCGAGGGCCAUGUCACUCGCGAUUGGUACGCGCCGAUCGUGGCGGACGCGGAGGCGGGCUUUGGCGGGCCGCUGAACGUGUUUGAGCUGAUGAAGUCGAUGAUCCGCGCCGGGGCCGGGGGCGUGCACCUGGAGGACCAGCUCUCCUCCGAGAAGAAGUGCGGCCACCUGGGCGGCAAGGUUCUGAUCCCCACCGGCCAGUUCAUCCGCAGCUUGGUGGCGGCGCGGCUGGCGGCGGACGUCUGCGGCGUGCCAACAGUGCUGAUCGCGCGCACCGACGCCCACUCGGCCAACUUACUCACCGCUGACGUGGACGAGCGCGACCUGCCCUUUGUGCACGGCGAGCGCACCCCCGAGGGUUUCCACCAGUUCAACGGCGGCAUCAAGGCGGCGAUCGCCCGCGGUCUGGCGUACGCCCCAUUUGCGGACAUGCUGUGGGUGGAGACUAGCACCCCAGACAUGGAGGAGGCGCGCGAGUUUGCUGAUGCCAUCCACACCAAGUUUCCCGGCAAGCUGCUGGCGUACAACUGCAGCCCCUCCUUCAACUGGAAGCGCAAGCUGUCCGACGCCCAGAUCGCCAGCUUCCAAAAGGAACUGGGUGAGCUGGGGUACGCGUUCCAGUUUGUGACGCUGGCCGGCUUCCACAGCCUCAACCACAGCAUGUUUGAGCUGGCGCAGGGCUACUCCAAGCGCGGCAUGGCCGCCUACGCCGAACUGCAGCAGGCGGAGAUUGCGUCCGAGGCGCGCGGCUACACGGCGACCAAGCAUCAGCGCGAGGUGGGCACCGGCUACUUCGACACAGUCUCCACCGUCUGCUCCAACGGCGCCUCAUCCACUCUGGCGCUGGUCGGCUCCACCGAGGCCGCCCAGUUCUAG